AUGGGUAUUCUUACUGGCCGAGAAGAAGCUCUUAAAUUAGUAAUUCUUUCUGAUUAUGCAUUUGUUGGUCCGUUAACUGAUUAUGCAAAAGGUAUGUCAACACGAUCUUUACCACCAACAAUUCAUUAUACACUCGAAUUCGAUAAAUUUGAUCAAAUACGUGGCUCACCAAUCGAACAUGAAGAACCACAUUUUCAUUACAUGCAAACAGGUGGUGGUGGCCAGGUACCUGAUCCAAAAACUCACAGAUUAGUAGCAGCACCUGAACCAAAACGACCAAGAAUCGGUCAACUUUAUUUGGCUUUGCUGAAUGAACCGCAACAAAUCAAACAACUUGUUGAAAUAACAGAAGAGGAUAUUGAAUCAAUCAAAAAGGCAGCAGCUGAACCUAAACAUCAUUGA